AUGGCCCAGGCCAUGCGCAUCAUGAAGGACUUGACGGACACGCCGCAGUCCCAGAGCGUCACCUCGACGGCUCCCAGUUCCCCGCGCAUGCCUCCUCAGCGCCAAAACUCCGGUAGCCAAACCCCCCGAGUGCGCCCUCAUGCGACCACGCUCAACAUCCCCGGCAUGACGCGCUCCCGCGUCUCCCCCGACGGCCGCAUCCCUCAGCGCGACGUCGCCGCCAAGCUCGUCAUCGUCAUGGUGGGCCUGCCCGCCCGUGGCAAAUCUUACAUCACCAAGAAGUUGCAGCGGUACCUCUCAUGGCAGCAACACGAUUCGAGAAUUUUCAACGUCGGGAACAGAAGGCGACACGCCGCCGGCAUCAAGGUCUCGGCAAAGGCCAAGUUGGCGCCCGAGCCCGACUUCCUCGACCCGCCUGUCCGCGCCGCCAAGAUCCUGCUCAACGGUUUCCCUGCGCCAACUGAGGAGCUCAGCUCCGCGACGUCGGAACCCACAGCCCUCACCCUCGACAGCCCUGGUUUGGAACAGGACACUGAUCAGUCGGCCAAGUUCUUUGAUCCCAAGAAUGCAAAGGCGUCCGCUCUGCGAGACCAAGUUGCGAUGGAGACGCUGGAUGAACUGCUGGACUACCUCCUGAACCAGGGGGGUGCUGUCGGUAUUCUGGACGCUACCAACAGCACUCUUGAGCGGAGGCAGCACAUUGUCGAGCGCAUCAGGGAGCGCGAACCCAAGCUCGGCAUCCUCUUCAUCGAAAGCAUCUGCAGGGACCAGCACCUCCUCGAAGCCAAUAUGCGCCUCAAGCUCUCCGGCCCUGACUACCGCGACAAGGACCCCUUGAAGUCCCUCGAAGACUUCAAGGCCCGAGUUGCCGCGUACGCCAGCGCCUAUGUGCCCCUUGGCGACUAUGAGGAGGAUCAUGACCUGCAGUACAUUCAGAUGGUAGAUGUUGGUCGCAAGCUUGUGCAGCACAGGCUCAAGGGCUUCUUGAGCGGCGGAAUCAGCACUUAUCUUUCCAGCUUCAACCUUGCUCCACGACAGAUCUGGAUCACACGACACGGGCAGAGUGUCGACAACGAGUUGGGCAAGCUCGGUGGCAAUUCGCCGCUGACUGAGCGCGGCCACUGCUAUGGUCUCGCCCUCUACCGCUUCAUCACUCAGAAGAGAAAGGAGUGGUUGAUGGAGCAGAAAAGCAAGAUGGCCCAGGCAACAUUCCCACCUCAGCCUGGUGACAACACCCCUCCUUACCCCGACAUGAAUCGGGAUCUUGACGAGAAGAACUUUUGCGUCUGGACAUCGAUGCUCCAGCGAAGCGUCGAGACUGCCGAAUAUUUUGACGCCGAUGAUGAUUACGACGUCAAGAACUGGGAAAUGCUCAACGAACUCAACUCCGGCCAGUUCGAAGGCAUGACUUACCAGGAAAUUGCGAGGAAGUACCCCGAAGAGUUCCACAGGCGUUCUCAAGACAAGCUCAACUACAUCUACCCGGGCGUCGGUGGCGAGGGUUACUUGCAGGUUAUCAGCCGCCUGCGCGACAUGGUCCGAGAGAUUGAGCGCAUUACCGACCACGUACUCAUCAUUGGGCACCGCUCGGUGUGCCGCGUCCUCAUGGCCUACUUCAUGGAUCUGACUCGCGAGGACAUUACCGACAUGGACGUUCCACUUGGAAUGCUUUACUCGAUUGAGCCCAAGCCGUACGGAAUCGCAUUCCACGCCUACAAGUACGACGAGGCCCGCAGCUGGUUCGAGGAGCUGCCCAACUACAAGCCGCAAAAGGCUACCCGAGGCAGCGUUUGA